AUGCUGCUCGUCGGCUACACGGCGCGCACGCUGUACAUUGGCGCCGCCAAGCGCCGCGGGUACGGGCCGUUCCUCAUGUGCGUCUUCGCCUUCCCGCUCGUGCUCUCGCAACCCGUGCUGCAAGUGCUCCAGAGUCUGCGCUACUACAACGCGUACGCGCCCAUGACCAAGUUCAUCAACUUCAUCUCGUGGAUCGGGCUCUUCCAAAUGUCGACGGCGUCCAUGUGGAAUGCCAGCAUUGACGUGACGCUUGUCGCGUGGAUAAGCAAGCACUACGGCGCGUACGAAGCGAAGUACGAUUACGCCGACGUCGUCUCAAGCGUGCCGCCCGCCCCGGUUGCUGCGCCCUUUGAGGAAGAAGAAUGCGGCGCGUGA